AUGGCGCUUCCCUUGCUCGAAAAGAGCUCUAACAGCUCCCUCAAAGGGCAGUUUGAAAAGUCUCGCUUCAAGAGCUCUACACUCGAUCACGACCCCACACAGUAUGACUUUCCGCAGAACUUUGGGGAAGUCGUGAAGGGCAUUUAUCGCAGUUCUUUCCCCCACGCGUGGCACCUACCAGCUCUUAGAAAGCUCGGUUUGAAAACUAUCAUAACCCUUGUUGAAGAACCGUUUACUACAGCCCACUCCAACUUUCUCACGGAAAACGGCAUUGCCCACCAUCGAAUUCUGAUCCAGGCCAAUAAGGAUCCUGCGGUUAAAACGCCUGAUCAUAUUAUCGUCAAGGUGCUCGAGAUUCUUUUAAACAAGGCUAAUCAUCCUGUACUUGUUCACUGCAAUAAGGGUAAACACCGAACUGGAUGUAUAGUUGGGUGUUUUCGCAAAUUGCAGAACUGGGACAUCGACGAUGUCAUCACUGAAUACCUAAAUUAUUCUUUCCCGAAGUCUCGCCCACUCGACGAAAAAUUCAUCCGUUCCUUUGAUGAGUCGCAACUUGCCUAUCUAGCUCAAAUUUCCGACGUGGCCUCAUGGCAGGUGCCGACAAAUCCAAAGUUCCUGAUUGAGCCGAAAGAACUUGAGCAUUCCCCUAAGCGACGUAUUCAUUCUUCACUGAGCGAGCUCAGCAUGCCUGAUUAUGAUUGA